AUGGAGGCUUCGCCGCUGAUCAAGGCUCAUGACCAUGCUCGCGAAGCAUCUGUCGCGACACACGCCGCCGACACCGUCGUCGCAGUCAACGAGCAUGCGCUGGCGGCGGGCGAGUUCGCCACGGCCGCGAGCGACACCUCGAGCGCCGAAGCGCUGCGCACGCUGCGGCUGCUCGAGCAGCACCACCAACGGCUCUCACAGCUGCUGCGAUACUCGCUCGAGCACCCGCUGCCAGGCGCCGGCGGCGCACUGGCACAGAAACCGGACGGCGAUUCGAUCAACGAGAAAGAAGCAGGGCAAAGUACCGGGGAUGGAAAGGCCGCCGUGACGGGCAGUGGAGCUGGAACGGCUGCGACAACGACGUCCGUGUCGGGGGUUGUCUCGCGCGGCGAGUUUGCAGGACGGACAGCGGGUGGCACGGCGGGUGGCUUCGCUGGCGGUGAUGAUGGCGCCUCGGGCGGCGCGGCAAGCAGCGGCAGCGCAUCGGCCGCGGCCGCGUCCAUGUCUGCGACGGCCACGGCACACCAAGCCGGAGCUGCUGCAAUGGCCAACAUCCAGGCCGGAACCCGUCGUUACCCUCCGUCCCGCGAGCUGUCGUCGUCCAUUGCGAACAACCUGGCGUCGGCACGCGGCAUCCGCGGCGGGUCGGCUGCUGCCCGUCUGCACCAUCGGGGCCAGCCUGCAGCACCCAGUGUCUCCAACGACCAGGCACCCGGCAACCUCGAAGCGUCGCCUGGGCAAAAAGAGGGCGGAGGGUCUCGUGCGCAGAUGCAGAGUGUGCUGCAGCAACAGCAGGCCAAGCCCAGCUGGGUGCCGCCGGCACCCCAGCCACAGUCGCAUCCGCAAAUGUUUGUGGGUACAGAGACAGAAGAGGGCGAGGUGACGGCCAAGGCCGACGAGGGCUUCUCGCGGUUCUACAGCAGAUUUGGCAGCAUCAUCAACCGGCUGUCGGCGCCACUGGCCUUUGCAGGCCUGCCGCUGAUCACGGAAGAGGCGAGUGCACCAGACGCCGCGCACGCUUCGACGACAGCAGAGGCACACGGACAGGUUGGUGCGGCGCCCAGGCACCCAACACACGUCCGUUCAUCGUCGCAGCUGUCCACGUCGUCGGCUGCCGAGCCGGAUCUGUCGCAGAUCUAUUCUCGCGCCGCUCUGCGCGCCCUGGGUCGCGACACGGCAGGCCACAUGGGCAGCGCCAACGACUCGUUCUAUGUGGUGCCCAAGACGGGCCACACGGCGUCGUAUGCGAAUAUUUUGAGUUUCGACCAAAAGGAAAAGCGGCGGCAGAUGGCGGCAUCGUUCCAUGGCGGAAGCGGCGGCGGCGGCGGCAUGAUGGACGAGAUCCCCGAGGUGGCCGACGACGGGGACGACGAUUUCGUCGAUGCCAAGGAGCAGCCGGCGUCGCCGACGAGCAGCCGAGCACGGGGCAACCGUAUGCACCAGCUGGGAGCCAAGUCGGGCGUGGCAGCGGUGGACCACUUGAUCGAAGAGCUGUACACGGAGAACCAAGGUCUCAAGAACAUGCUGGACAAGUUGAGCCGGCGGCUGCACACGUUCGAAGCGAGUGCGCAGCAGUCGCACAUGGCGUUGCAGGAGAGUAUGCGGUUCAUGCGGCCGGGGUCACCGAACAGCGGUGGAGGCGGCGGCGGAAUUGGGGCGUCGACGUCGUCUUUGACGCCGGCGGCAGCAGCGGCAGCAGCAGCAUCAGCGGCAGCCGCGGCCUCGCUCAAGGCGAACCGUGGGGCGGGCAGCAUGAACACGGGCGGUCUUGGCACGUCUGCGGAUGCCGACUCAAACUUGGACACAGCGUCCUUGCUCUCAAAGACAAGGGACCUGGAGGAGGAGCUGGCGCAGGCGCUGCAGCGCCUGGAUGCGUCGGAGAAGGAGCGGGCCCACCAGGAAAAGACACUGCAAAAGUACCGUGAGAAAUGGGAAAAGCUCCGGGCCGGAGCCAAGGCGCGACGAGACGCGAAUCCAAGCCCGUCGUAG